AUGUUAUUUUCUACUUUAACGAGAAGCUUGCUGAUGGCUGGUAUGGCAGUAGUAUCGGCUCACGAUACAGGUUCUUCCUCUUCCUCACUAAAGGAGGUACCUAAUGCAGAUAAUUCUCUUCCUGAAUUACUCUCUUUGCAAUCCAUUCCUGCCAAUUGGGUCAGCUCAGAUCAAACCAAAUUAGAGGAAGGUAGAAUCAUUUUGACCCCAAAGAAACAAUCAAAAGGUUCAUUAUGGUUGAAAUCAUCAGUGAAAUUAGAAAAAGAAUUUACUAUUGAAUGGACCGUCAGAUCUGUAAAUUAUGAAGGUGACUCUACAGGAGGGAUGGCCUUAUGGUUCAUAUCUUCAGAAAAAAUGAAGGAUACUAGUUUAUAUAAUGGUCCUGCUAAAUUUAAUGGGUUGCAAAUUCUAGUGGAUAAUAAUGGUCCUUUAGGACAAUCGAUUCGUGGUCAACUAAGUGAUGGAUCCAUUUUGUUUAAGAAAGAAGGUAUAUAUGAUAAAUCAUUUGGAUCAUGUUUGAUGGGUUAUCAAGGUACUUCAGUUCCUGUCACUAUUCGUUUAUCCUAUUCUGAAAGUUUAGUUAGUAGUAAUAAUAAUAUGUUAAAAUUACAAGUGGAUAAUAGAGUAUGUUUCCAAACCAAUAAGAUUAAUUUACCUCGUGAUGCUAUUGCUAAUAAUGGGUUAUAUAAUGUUGGUAUUACAGCAGAUAAUGGUAACACCGAUGAAUCAUUUGAAGUUUUGAAGAUGAAAUAUUAUGAUACAGUGACUGAAGACGCAUUGAUUCCAAAUGUAAAAGCAAUGGGUCAGCCAAGAAUGAUUGCUAAGAUUAUUGAUCAAAGUACUGGUGAAGUGAAAACUGUUGAAAAGGAAGUAUUAGAUGAACAAAAUGAUCAUACUUCAAAUUAUGAAUUGUUUAUGAAGAUGGAUAAAAUUGAGGGUAAAAUAUUAGCUAAUGAUAUUAAACAUUUACAAGAUAAGUUGGAAACUAUAAUGAACAAUCAAAUUCGGAUGGUGGAACAAAUGAAUCAUUUAUUAGAGAAACUGAAAACAGGUGCUUCACCUAAUGGAGAAAAACAGUCAAUUAUGGAUGAUGAAAGUUAUAAACAAUUCUUUUCAGUAAAUGAAAAAUUAGAAAAAUUAGUUCAAGAAAGAGAAAAACUAAGAGAAGUUAAUCAAAAGGAACAAUCUUUACAAAGCAAUAGUGUAUCAAGUGACGAAAUAUUGAAAAAAUUAGCUGUUUGGUUAUUGCCAUUCAUUAUCUUGACUGUUGUUCUCGCAUAUUAUACUUUCCAAAUAAGGAAGGAACUAACAAAGACAAAGUUGCUUUGA